GAAAAAGCGACGAGGAUCAUGAACCACCAUGAUGGCGCCGCCGAGAUCGGGAUCCAUGCAUGUGAGCGCGAGACGUGACCAUCUCCUCCUCCUACACUCCUGCUAGUCCCUUUUACAGCUCACAAAGACCAAGCUUGGAGGAGCGAGGCUGGUGACCUUCGUCCUUGGGGCCAUGCACUUUGCCUCCAACAAGUCCCACUCUCGAGUAGUAGGGCGGGUAAAAUACUGGAUCCCGAGCUCGGAAAGAUGGCGUCGGUGCAAGUGGAGACCAAUCAUGGCGCCGGCUCGCCCUACUAUCAUCCUUGGAAGCUUUAUCACAACCCCGACUACUCCCCGCAUGGCAUCAUCCAGCUUUCCUUCUCCUCGCGCUCUCCUUGCCAAACCAAGAAUCUCGAUUCGCCUAUGAUCGUCGUGCCCGAGGACGGCGGCGUCGAAGAGGAGGUGGAGGUCGACCAAGGGUACGGCGCCAUGUCGUCGGAGCUGGAGCUCUGCGUGGUGCGCAUCAGGGACCUGAGGGCAGAGCUGGAGUUCGAGCGGCGCAUGCGGCGGAAGGCGGAGGCGCUGAGCGAGGCGCUGGCGGCGGAGCUGGCCGAGGAGCGGCGGCGGGGCGAGGCCGCGGAGGCCGAGUGCCGGGCGCUGCGGGAGGAGGCUGGCGCCGCGCGCGACGAGGCCGAGCGCGCGAUAGAGGGCGUCGAGGAGGAGCGGCGGAUGCUGCGCGUCGCGGAGCUCUGGCGCGAGGAGCGGGUCCAGAUGAAGCUCGCCGACGCCAGGGCGGCCAUGGAGGAGAAGCUGCGGGAGAUCGACGACGCCGUCGCCGAGCUGCACGCUACGACCGCCGCCAGCGAUAACAACCACAAGAGCAGCAGCUGCAGCUGCAGCAGCCCGAACGGCAAGGCAAGCCCGACGACGAGUCGACAUGGUCAGCAGAGCCCGAGCCGGAGUCAACACGGUCAAGAAAGCCCGUGCCGGAGUCAGCAAGGUCAACUUCACCGGCGGGAGGCCGCCGGCGGCGAGAACCCGCACAUCCGGAGGGGGAUCAAGGGGUUCGUGGAGUUCCCCAAGGCGGUGCGCGUGCGGCCUCGCGAGGAGAGGGUGGACCUGGUGUCCAACCUCGAGUGCCAGCGGGCGCAGCUGCGCGUCCUCAUGCGGCACCGGAGUCCCGCCGCCGGCAUGGGGCUCGUCGCCGCAUCAGAGAACCUGGUCGUCUAAUGUACUCUGUUUCUUUUCAUGUUCUGGGCAUUCGCAUUUUGGUACAGAAUGCUUUGGUCUAUUAACGGUGAAACUAUGGUGCUAAUCUUGUAAUCUACUACUAGAACUUUGUAUUAUAACAGCAUGGCAAGAAACAUGAUAGUAAUCGUUUCUCGGACCGCUCAAACCUCACCGAUUACUCUUGUUGACUGCCCUCCAUCCCAAAUUAC